UUAAAACAACGCGCGACUGUAAAAAAAUUAGUAUAUAAACAAGAUAAUGCUGUUCGCGAAAAUUUCAAUGCAGAAAUAUUAGAAAAGAAAGAUAGUUUUCAAGAUAUCGAAAAGGAACAACCGUUGCUGUCUAUUCCGAAACCUCGUAAACGAAAAGUAAAAAAUUUAUCAGAAAAUAAGGAAAAUAAGGAAAAUAAGAAUUUUAAGAAACGCCUCCUUGAACAUCAACUUAAAAGCGAGGUUGAGGAUAGUGAAAAUGAAGAAUAUGAGGAUGAAGACGAUGUUAUAGAUUUUAGCACAGUUUUGUUCGAUCAACAGGCAGAAUCAAGCAAAGUUGACCUUUCUUCUGAAUUUUCUGGUGGUAUGUGCUCCUGGUUUGGUGAGGAAUGGUCAGAACUUAAAGCAAAGGCCCUGGCGCAAAUAAACAUUAAGCCAAAGAAAUUUGAAGACGCAAUUGAAAGUGAUAUUAACAAAAUCGAAGAGAUGUUUCUAACAGACCCCUUCAUUUUUGUGGAUAAAGAAGGAAAUAAACAAAAUUUAACAGAAAUUGAAUUUGUGCUCAAAGUUGCAGGUCCAAUAAUAGAUAUAAUAUUUUCAGAUGUUCAACAUCUUGUUCAUCUUAAAUGGUAA